AUGCAGGAAGCUGGAAGUGGAGAAAGAAUAGCAGACCGUCAAUGUUGGGAGUGUCUCAAACGACGCCUGGUGUGCGAUCGUACCCUGCCGCUAUGCAAGAAGUGUCCCAAGGCUGGCAAGGAGUGUCCCGGAUAUAACGAACAAAAGCCAUUGCAGUGGUUAGAGCCGGGCAAAGUGUCUCUACGGCCGAGGAAGAGGAACAGUCCACCAAAGAAUUUCACCUUCCGACCAAGGACCUCCGGAACGAGCGCGGCAAUCGUCGCGAGCGUGCCAGUCGCUGCUCCUUGUGAGCCUAGCGAGCCUGGUCUAGCGGGGUCAAUCUCGCAAGAACCGUGCCUGACCCUCGCAUACCCGCUUUUCGAAAGAUCUCCGAUCACUUCAGAGGCUAUCGAACUAUACGAGAGUCAUCUCGCAAGCUUGUUGGUGCAAGGAGAUAAAGCAGCAUGGUGGCAUGAUCUUGAUGUUGAGAAGCGGGUGAAGCACAUCACAGUGAUGGCUACCGAGGCUGCAGCUGCUUCUGGAGUCGGCGAACGUAUCAUGCGAAUCGGCAACCAAGAUCAGAUCAAGGAAGUCGUAGAAAGGGGCCAGUACUGGGAAGCUGCGUUACUGUUGCAGUCUAAUCGGGAUCCUCUCGCUAAGAUACAACGACUGCUUCGAGUCAUGCAGGCGAACAAACUACCUUCGUAUGACUUCUUGUCGGAUGAAACAUGCGAGGUAGUGCAUGCUGUCAACUACUUUAACACCAGGAUAUACCCAUAUAUCAAGGAAACUGACGCCUUGGCACCCAACCCAGCGAUAAUCCGCUUCCCCGUAUGGGCAUUGCACGUCUUGCCCCCUGCGGUGCACUAUACCACUGUCUGCUUAAGUAUAAACCAUUAUAUGCACUCGUUACCCCCGGGAUCGAGUGGUAUGGUGAUUGGAGAAAAGCGACUGAAGAUUUACAACUACCGGGGCCUUGCCAUCCGUGCCCUUAACGAGAGCAUAGCGCACAAGGAGACCCGCAGCAGCGAUCUCACUAUUACUAGCAUACUCAUGUUUAUGGCGAUGGAGGUACACGACUCCAAAGAUGGAGACUGGAGGUCUCAUGCGGACGGUAUGAAGCAAUUGAUAGAUAUACGUGGUGGUUUUGAAUCCCUCCUACGAACAGCACCUCAUCUGACCUCAGCGCUAGUGGUAUUUGUGAUCAUAGUAACGUUUUCGAACACUCUUGGUCCGGUAUCACGUCAACUCAAUAUCACGGAGCCGCUUGAGCAGCACAUUAAGGAAGUGGAGAAGGUGUAUAGCCUUGUCUUGCCUUACACAUUGUGUCCGGUAACGCUGUUCAUCGACAUCAUUCGCAUUAAUCGACUACGUCAGGAAGUCGCCCUCUCGUCCUUUGCGGACCAGUACCAGCAUACCUUGAAUGUCCAAAACAUUCUCGCUCGUAUCGAGGGUUUUAUUCCUGGAGAUUGGGCGCAAGCCGGUGAGAAUCAAGAUGACUGGCAGCUGAUUGGUUCAAUCUAUCAAUCUGCUAUAGCACUUUACUGCAUCAUGUCACUGCAGGCUCUCGCGGCUCUUCCUGCUAGCACCGAGAUGAAUAGUAUGCGCACUGACCAUGCGAAGCAUUUAUUGGAAAAUAUGAAGGCUGCCAUACGUUUGAAACAGCUGAAGAAAAUUGCGAUGUUUCCGUUGUGUGUACUUGGAGUGGAAGCGGGGUAUCACGACCAACAAUGUACUCGACAGUGGAUUGAACGACAAUUAGAAGCAAACGCUCGACUUCUUGGUACCAGCAGCCCUCUGAAAGCGCGGGCGGUACUCAGGCGAUACUGGCGGCGGAAGAGGCCCGGCUGGGAUGAGUGUUUCGACGAACCAUUUACGAUCCUUGUGCCAGCAGGUGCUUGCUAA